AUGGGCGAUAUUUAUUUCAAAAGGCCGAGUAGAAAUUAUAGAAAUAAAAAGGGUGAUUCUGACGAUGAGAAAGCCAAUGAAGGAGAACAAAAUAAUAUUGCAUUAGCUGACCAGCUGCAGCCUGCCAAGGAGCCAACAACUAUCAAGAAAAGCCGUAGUGUUCUUAGCUUUGAGGAUGAUUUGGAAGCAGGUAAACCAGACUUGCCUUAUUUUUUCUUAGAUGAGGGUGUAGAGUUUAAAGUAAAAAAAUCUUCGCAAAGCAGAAAAAGUACUAAGCAUUCCAAAGAAAAGAAAAAGCCUACCGACGACAAGCGUGCCAGUCCCAGCCUGUCCCUCAUUCCCGAGCUCACACUGAAAAAAAUAGAUGUAAUUACGGAUACAAAAGGGGAAAAAACACUUUUUGAAAGAAAGUUUUUAGAGGGCGUAAUUCCUGACGCUGCGGCUAUUCACUUUGCAAGAAAACAACGGGAACGAGCUAAAUCUCUGUUAGUCGCAGGAGGCUCUGAAAACUUUGAAAAGCCUGGUAGUCGUAUGAUAAGAGAAGAAGAGGACGACUUUAUGGAGGAUGAUGGGAUGGGUGAAAGUGCUCGCGAUCAUCCAGACGAAUUGGUUGAUGAUGAUAUCAUUGGCCGUCACACCUUUCGAAAAUUAACUAAUGCAAUUCCUGAGAAAAACUCUUCUGCUGCCGCCUCACGGCCUCGUGCUUUCCAUGUACAACCGGGUUUAGUGCCUUCAAACAAACCUGGGAUUAUCACUCGUCUUCCACAGGGCUGUCGAGCUGCUGAAUUGGACGCAUAUCGUGCGGAUUUUCUUGCUGCCGAACAUGCUAGUGAUCGUGACAGUGAUGAGGAAGCAGAGUGGGAACGUCAACAACUACAAAAAGCCAUGCUUGUUCAGAAUUCCGCUGCCAUGGAGGCGAUACAACCCUGCUCUUCGAACACAAACGAACAUUCAAAAUUCACAGGCGAUAGGAGUGCGUAUGAUCGCAUUAUGGAGUCACUAACAAGAAACCAAGAAGCUCUUGAAGAAGCUCGUAUUGACCUUCUUCGAGGUCAAGGCGUCAUCAAAAAAUCUCGCGAGAAAUUACCAGAAUUCGCCGAAAAGGCCUCGUAUUUUCAAGAGCUCAGUUCUUACAUUUCUGACCUUAUAGAUUGCUUCAACGAAAAGGUAUUUAUUCUUCUUCAAACAUUAUUUCCGUCCUUAGUCAUUAUUUCGUCUUUGUGA